UCACGCUGCUCUAGGUUUAUGGGUGAAGCCGGUUUAAUGAACUGCCGAUUUGAAUUCCUCACAGAACAUCUUUCAGUUUUGUGCGGUGUUGAAGUGCUUUCUGCAGCGUGACAGGACGGAGAUAUGAAUGUUAAAGUCACGGGUUAAAUGAUGGCGUCAGGAUGGCGGCAGCCUCGAGCAGUUAGAGCUGCUUUACUCUUUAACGCCAUCAUCAUCCUCAUCAGCCCCGGCGCACAGACGCACACCUGUGACCAUAAAGUGCCCCUGCCUACAGAGGUCAUACAUAAAGUGUUUCUGAAGCCAGAUAGAUUGACCAAAAGAAGCACUGACCAGCAGUUAAAGAUCCAAAUAGAGUACGACUCCAGCUUGGAUGGGUUAGAUGAAGCCAAAAGCAGCCUUGUGAAGGACAAGCUCCUCCCACAGGCUAUUGAUUAUCUUCAGAAGGCCUUCAGGGUUCGCAGGCAGUCAGGUCCAAUAUUACUGAGCAGACAAUGUGCAACCAAUCAGUACCUUAGGAAAAGAGAUGACCCACAUCGCUACUGUCAGGGACCAUGUGCAGACAUCACCAAGUGUGGCCCAGUUGUCGUCCCUGAACAACAUUUGCAGCAAUGCAGGGUUUGCAGUGAGUCUGGCAAGUCCUGUGGCCCCGUUGGUCCUCCCGAUGGUGAGGGGGUGGCGAGGGCAGAUUUUGUGUUGUACGUGAGUGCGAUGACCACAGAGCGUUGUGGACAAGAGAACAUCGUAGCCUAUGCAGCGUACUGCCAGCUGGAGUCUGAACUGGACAGACCCAUCGCUGGAUAUGCCAAUCUGUGUCCCAAUAUGAUCUCCACUCAACAUCAGGAGUUUGAAGGGAUGCUGUCCACAGUCAAACACGAGAUCAUACAUGCCCUGGGUUUUUCUGCAGGACUCUUUGCCUUUUACCAUGAUGAUGAUGGGAAACCUUUGACACCACGUUCUGCAAGUGGUCUACCUGCAUACAAUGAAAGUUUAGGGUUAUAUCAAUGGAGUGAUAAAGUCAUUAAAAGAGCAACUCGGCUGUGGGACAUCCGUGGUGGCCACAUGGUUAGACACACGGUCCAUCUUCUGGCCACCCCGCGUGUAGUUGAGGAAGCCAGGAGACAUUUUAAUUGCCCCAUUCUAGAGGGCAUGGAAUUGGAGAACCAGGGAGGUGCUGGAACAGAGUUCAACCACUGGGAAAAACGCCUGUUAGAGAAUGAGGCAAUGACUGGAUCUCACACACAGAACAGAGUGUUUUCUAGAAUUACUUUGGCCAUAAUGGAGGAUACAGGGUGGUACAGGGCUAAUUAUAGUAUGGCGGAGAACCUGGAGUGGGGAAGAUUUUUGGGUUGUGACUUUGUGAUGAAAAGCUGUAAAUUCUGGAUAGACCAACAUCGCCAUACGAGGCCAACCCUGAGCCCAUACUGUGAUUCUGUGAGGAGUGCACCUCUGCAGCUCACCUGCAGGCAGGACCAGCUGGCAGUGGCUGUGUGCAACCUGCAGAAGUUUCCUCAUGCGCUUCCUGUAGAGUAUCAGUACUUUGACCAUAUUCCUGGUGUCCCUGAGGAAGAUUUGCCAGCAUACGGAGGGGCUGUCAAGAUCGCAGACUACUGUCCUUUUAGCCAGGAGUUUAGUUGGCAUGUGGGUGGGGAAUACCAGCGCAGCUCUUACUGUGGAAUACAGGAGAACCAGCCAGCCACAUGGAGAAACUAUGGUGCGGAACAGUAUGGCCCAGGAUCAGUGUGCCUCUACCAAAAGUCACCAUUUGUAAUGGAGCAGUGCACCAAAAGAAUGACCUACCCAGACUGGGGCAGUGGUUGCUAUAAGGUGUCUUGUACAGCACAAGGGUUGUUGGUCUGGGUGCAGAAUGAUUCCUAUCCAUGUGUUCGUACUGGUCAGCUGAUCAGUGUGAGCAUACGUAUGAAUGGAUGGGUCUACAGUGGCCAGCUCAUCUGCCCAACCUGCUCUGACUUCUGCAGCGACUGCCCCCUCCCUCAUGAGAUCCCCCCUCUAAACACCACCAAGAGUGCCCGCUUAGAUCCUUGUUCCAGAUCUUCUUGUUUGGUGGUGAACUUAUGGCAGCUCCUGUUAACUCUUACUCCACUGCUGAUCGGCUUCCUCCUCUGUGGCAGGGACUGAAUUUGUUCCCAGUUGAUUGGGUGAAUAUGGAUGCCUUGAUAUGCUACAGGCUUCCCUUGAGAUUUAGCUGCUGUGGACAGCAAAACAGCGGUCACUUUCGUAGUGUAGCCUGUGAUCUGAUAACUCUGCUCUCUAUGUGGAGGUGUGGACUGUAGAUGGGAUUGAAAAGCCAUUGAUUGCACUCCUCCUUGCCUGGCUGUCAGGUGCCAGCGAGCUGUAGAUCCUAUGUGAAGCCAUAGUCAUGCAAGUUAUGGUUAUGCAGGUGCUAAUUAAUGUCCUUUUUGUCUCUCUGAUGGACCUGUAGCAUUUUGGGACUUGAAAUAGGCAUCUGGUUCAGAAUGAUGAGAGAUAUUCUCUCUGGUGUUCUGCUCAUGGUGCUUCUCUGUUGUUUCAUGAAAUUAACUUGCUGGCAAUGUUUUGAUCAGCGUAUAUCAGGUCAUGUGACUGACGAUGCUUGUGAUUUUGCAUGGAGAAGUGCAGGAGAGAUCUCUGUUAAGGUCCGUACAAGUGCUGAAUUUGAAUUGUUUUUUCAGAAAUUUUAAUGUUGCUGUUGUACAAGAUAAAUACUUCAGAAAGGAUUUAAUCAUUGAAUUUAUUAAUGUACAGUUGGGUCCAGAAAUCUGGGAUUACAUUGAAGAUCUGGGAUUUGUUUAAAUUUACAGGUAAAUAGAACACUUUGGGAUUUUGAGAUAAAAGGAAAAAAGGAAAAAUAUUAUGUAAAUGAAGAAAAAAAUGUCUAGGUCUCUAAUCCAAAGUUGACAUUGAUCAUGUUUCUCUUUGUACUGACAGUCAGAUGCUCUUGCUUCCGUUGAAGCACAAGAUGCUCUUUGUAUCGUUCUCAAAUCA